AUGAAUCUCCCAUCAUUCAAUAUUCCCAACAGUCUCCCUCAAAUUCAAAUUCGGUCGUCCGCAAAUGACUCAAUCUCACACGCCGACGCUUACCGUCAGGAAACAAUAUCUCACGAUACAAAUUCCGUUGGAAAGAAUGGAGCGAACGUGAUUUUUGAUGAUAAAUUAACUGUCGAAGGGAACGAGUCAAAACAUGGGAAAAAAUUUUCGCUGGGUAUCGGAAAAAAUAAUAUAAAGACAACGUUUAGGCGAAUUGGUCAUAACUUUCGAAAGUUUCUCAGGUUCGCUGGACCCGGAUAUCUCAUUGCUGUUGGUUAUCUCGAUCCUGGAAAUUGGGCGACUGAUCUGUCGGGUGAGCGUUUGGGAUUGUCUGUAAAAUUGGGUGUUGUUACUGGACUAGAUCUUGCAAGUGCGUGCCGUAUGUUUUUUAACAAGUGGACGAAUUACGUGCUAUAUAUCCUCUGCGAGUUAGCUAUAAUCGCAUGUGACCUCGCUGAAGUUAUCGGAAGUGCCAUUGCGUUGAACCUACUCUUCAAAAUACCCCUGCCAUGGGGCGUUGCAAUAACCGCGACAGACGUCAUGUUCCUUCUUCUCUUCUACAGGGACGACAGCUUGGGAGCUGCUCGCAUGUUGGAGACUCUGGUGAUGUUCCUCGUCGGUACGGUCGGGGCGUGUUUCAUCUUGGAAUUAAUAUACUCGAAACCGGAUUCUGUUGACGUGUUACGAGGAUAUUUACCCAGCAUUGGCAUCUUUACCAAUGCUGAGCAAUUGUACGUUGCAAUUGGCAUUAUUGGUGCUACAGUGAUGCCUCAUAAUAUCUAUUUACAUUCUCACCUCGUAAAGGUACGCAAGAAUAAAGAACAGCUAGACGGAUUCAACGCCAUGAUUAACAAAGAGGAGGAUGGGGAGGCUCCCCAGACUACUGCAGAAAUAUUCAAGAAAGUCACUUAUUCAACCAUAAAAAUGUCGAUCCUGGACUCUUCAGUGGCCUUGACCUUUGCGUUAUUUGUCAAUUCGGCCAUUCUUAUUGUCGCUGCUGCAAACUUUUACUAUUCUGAGACGCAGCACGAAGUAGCCGACUUGUUCGAUGCGCAUCAGUUGUUAUCUCGCUAUCUUAGUCCAGCUGCUGGAAUAUUAUUUGCAUUGGCACUGUUGAUUGCCGGACAGUCGUCCACUCUGACUGCUACAAUGGCCGGGCAGGUGGUCAUGGAGGGUUUCACCGGUUGGUAUAUUCGACCAUGGUUGAGGAGAUUAAUCACACGCGGGCUGGCUAUUAUUCCUGCUAUGGUCAUUGCUAUUAUCAAAGGGUCUAGUGGACUUAAUAGUUUACUUGUUGCGUCACAAGUAGCAUUGUCCAUUCAACUGCCAUUUGCUGUUAUUCCUCUCGUCUAUUUCACGGCUCAUCCAAAGAUAAUGAGGAUUGAUACUGAAAGCGUCAAGAAGAAGCUGCUGAGUGACGUUAACCGAACGGACAAUGAUAGAUCGAAUGAAAACACUGGAUCGGAUAAUGACUUGUCGGGUGAUAACAAGGACGCUGUCGUGGAUUUCCGUAAUUCUUUGUGGCUUACUGUUAUCGCCUGCAUAGUUAGUCUCAUAAUAUUAGGACUGGACUGUUAUCUCGUUGUUACUACUAUUAAAAAUGCGAUCGUGGGAGGGGAAUGA